CCAUGAUUGCAGACAGCGCAAACCUGAAGAUCUUCAAAUCACACAGUGCAGUUUUUCUCCUUAAUCUGCCUCAGACAUCAAGUCCAAGAAAAGAGAUUUACGUUGGAGACGAUAACUCACGUCAUCCUUUACUUUGGAGAAAGGACAUCUGUGCAAUUGAUGAUCAUGUUGUUGCCACUUGGAAUCCACCUCAUCUCUAAUCCCAUAUCUGAGUCUACCUAUUCCUCUCUGAUGGCAGCAAAGAGUAACACACAGUAUUUCGUCUCAGCAGCUGGGAGGGGAGCAGCCUGCGCUCUCGUACUCCUCAUUGACUUCAGGUUCUAGUGACAGUGAGCCUCAUUGAAGACAUACUACAGACGCACACAUACACGCAACAACAGGCAGGAGCAGAUACCGUAGGACUGCAUAUUGGGGGAGUUUCUCAUCAGCCUGAUCCAAAUUAAAUGCAGAUAAACUCUCUCACGAUGAUGAGGAACGUCAUACUUUCAAGAAAUCUCAAAAAUACCCAAUUUUAAAGCACUACAUUGACAUAUUGGCUGGAAGGAGUAUGGAGAAAGGAGUCUAAAGACAACAUAUUCUGUUUUUCUGAGGGAUAUAUCUACUGCUUUUCCCUUGCAUUCCCAACAUGACAACUCCAAACUCUUCCGUGGUUCCUUAAAAACUCUUCAGACUGCGGGCGAUCUGAACGCAAGGGAAGUGUGGACAUGAAUGCAGUGAAGAGCACUGAAAACAGUCCAGGUCAGAACUGUACAAGUACAGACCAUGACUCCAGCUAUAUGAGGAAACCGGACCUCCAAAGAUCCCCACACAAAGAGCAUAGGAGCGUCCUGCAGUUGAGACUCCAGCAGAGGAGGACACGAGAGCAGCUCGCAGACCAGGGCAUCAUGCCUCCCUUGAAGAGUCCGGCUGCAUUCAAUGAACAGAGGAAAAGUCUUGAGCGAUCCAAGACUGGCGAUUACUUAAAGCACAAAAUCAGAAGUCGUCCAGAUAAAACUGAGCUUAUCAACAUGCAUAUUCUACAAGACCCGGCCAGCGAGACGUCGACACCAGACACGCAGACCAAACUCAAGCGAGCCAGGCUUGCGGACGACCUGAACGAGAAAAUCGCUCUCAGACCGGGCCCGCUGGAGCUGGUUGAGAAAAAUAUUAUACCUGCCGAUUCGACUGUGAAAGAAGCAGUAAAGAAAGUGAACCAUGAGAAGUACCCUAAGCAGGAGGACUCAUAUGCUUUUGAGGAGUACAGCAGCAGUGAAAGUCUGUCCCCUGAGCAGCCUCACAGCGAAGAGUCCCAGGGUUGUGCCGAACCUCUCGCGGAAAACAAGACCACCGGCUCGCCCUUACACACCCUGACAGGCACUAGCCAGGGGUCUCAGAACAAAGAUGCCAUUACUCAAAACCAAGAGGACAAUGCACAUGCCACAGACAACCAUGCAUCUCCACCCAUUCCAGUCCCUGCUAUAGUGAAGCAGUCCAAAAUGUCCGACAAGAACCGCCACAAAAAGCCCAAAGACAUCAAGCCUAAAGUGAAGAAGCUCAAGUACCACCAGUACAUCCCACCAGACCAGAAGGCCGAAAAGUCCUCUCCUCCACCCAUGGACUCCGCCUAUGCCCGGCUCCUGCAGCAGCAGCAGCUUUUCCUGCAGCUACAGAUCCUCAGCCAGCAGAAACAUCAGCAGCACUCACAUUCCCAUCAGCAUCAGUGUCCACAGAGCCAGAGCUUCAGCUACCAGACCUUGAACCAGCACACAACAAAUAAGCAAUCCAGUGAGCAACAAACAUCAUGUAGUUCUAGUGUACCCACAAGCGGCGUAAACAGUAGCUCCUCGUCUCCUGUAAAGACCACCUACUGCAAUCCCACCUCCGUUACCCCAGUCAGACCAGGACCAUUACCUGCUAACCUGGAUGACUUAAAAGUAUCUGAGCUCCGGCAGCAGCUGAGAAUACGUGGCCUGCCUGUGUCUGGCACUAAAACGGCACUAAUCGAGAGACUGCGGCCCUUUAAAGACUCCAGCUCCAGUUCCCCAUCGAGCUCUGGAGACAUCAGCACUGUGACUUUCCCCAUGACCCCUACAGGAUCUCUGUCAUCCUACCAAUCCCCGAGUUCUUCAAGUGCCAUGUCUCAUAGUGGUGGUUACUACCCGUUCUGUAGCACCAGCUCCACUCCACCCAUCUCGCCAGCCUCUUCCGAACUCUCUGUCAGUGGCUCCUUGCCCGAUAGCUUUAGUGAUGUCACCAUGUCCUCCCCACAUUUUGGCCUGCAGCCAUCCCCGGCCCAACUGAGCACGGAUGAGUGCCUACGUGGGGAUGCCCAGACUGGAUUAGAGUCUCUAGGCCUAGAUGCAGAGAAGGAUAAGAUGUUGGUGGAAAAGCAGAAAGUGAUCGAGGAGCUCACAUGGAAGCUGCACCAGGAGCAAAGGCAAGUGGAAGAACUGCGGAUGCAGCUUCACAAGAGGAAGCGUGCCAACUGCCUCCAAGAAUGUCCUGCUCCAACUUCGGGACCCUUACCGCAACACAUGAUGCAUCUCCAGACCCCAGCGCCGAUGCAUCAGUUCUACGGAGUGUCUGUUAAACAGGAACAUGUGGCUUCAAGCUGCCCUCUUUCAUCCAAACAGUUCAAAGGUGGCUCAAGCAAUAGCUGCAUGGAGGGAAUGGGUCACUGUAGCCCUCACUGCCUUGAGGUGCCCUCUUCUGGAAGUCCUGCUGGCCUCUCAGCAUUUCUGAGCCCUCAGUGCUCUCCUCAAGAUUCCCCUGUAACCAAAAACUCCAGCAGCCCCCAGCCCAGCAGUGUACCUUCAUCCCCCAGUCAUCCAUACAUGCUGACCCCACCUCUGGGCAGAGAUGGUUGCUCUCACCCACUUCCUCAAAAUGGACCCAGACCACGCAAUAUGCAGUUACAGCAGAAAAAUGUCGGACAGACGGUGAGCUGUGCAUAUCCAUCUGACCAAAGAAGCUUGCAGCCUAUAUACCAAAGUCCUGCGGAGAACAACUUAAACCCAAGAGGGUUAUCCAAGGCCAAGAAUGCUAACAUGCAGCAAAAGGAGGCCAUUUUGCACUCUGCCAGGCACUUUGACCCAAAGUCUCCCACCUCAACCACUGUCGUCUGUAGUUCAGAUUCUUCUGCAUCCGACACUAAACAACCCCCAUGCUAUGAGGAUGCUGUUAAACAGCAGAUGACCAGGAGCCAGCAGAUGGAUGAACUUCUAGAUGUCCUUAUUGAGAGCGGAGAAAUCCCAGCUAACGCCAAAGACGAGAGGUCACCUGUAACCAAAGUUGUGCCUCACCUUACAGUUUCGACGAGCAACAGAGUGGCCGUACCCAAGUUUCACAGACACUUCAUAUCGCCCACCCUGCUUCCCUACGAGCAUGCCGCAGGUCACGGGGACGGACACUUGGAGGCGCUACUGAGUCCAAUAAGCCGGCAAGGGGACCUGGAGGAGGCGGGGGAUGGCUUUACCGGGCCUCAACACGACGAGAAGUUGCUUAGCAAUCGUGAUAUGAUGGACACGCCUUUAUCGCCCAUGGCAACCAAAGUCUUACCAGUCCCUGCUGAAAACCAGGGGCUGGGGAUGACAUUUACAGAGUCACCGUGGGAAACGAUGGAAUGGUUGGACCUGACUCCACCCAGCUCUGCUACAGCAUUCAAUACCAGCAUGCCUCCUCCUGGACCGAGCAUCUUUAACGCAGAAUUCCUCGAUGUGACGGAUAUCAACUUGAACUCUGCAAUGGAUCUGCACUUAGAACAUUGGUGAGUUGGGCCAGACCUCAACAAAAGCAAAUGUUUUCUAUGCCAAAGCAUCACUAUGCACUUCGAUAAACACAAACAACACCCAAAGCCUUUCAAAAUGACCUGGACGAGCAGAAGAUGAGAACAGAAUUAGUUACACGAUUCGGUCUUCAUGGUAGCUUGUAAAAUGCUUCAUAUCGUCCUAUAGCUUGGCUGGAUGAAAGCAUUACUGUUUUAUCAACGGCCCAUCAAAACUUGAAAGUUGUUUUGACUAUGGAUACUGGGAAAGAAUGUUUUUAUUACUGGAAAAAGAAAUAUCCUACGAAACAGAUUGGAUUAGCAGGGAUAUCCAUACCAAAUUCAAGAGCGUUUUGUGAAACCAUUUGUAAAUAUUUCACUCGAUACUUUGUUUUAUUUUGUCUGCACAUUUGUGGUGUGGGAAAACACAUAUUAAUGCAUAAAAUAUGUUCACGAACAUCAAACUCUAGUAUAUCACGUGUACUCUAUUGUGCUAUUGUAAAUAUUCACACACUUGCACCUUGAGUAGUAGGACCCAUAGUCCUAUGUGUCACACUUUUGCUUAUAUGCAAUUUCU